AACCCCGCAUUCUUGGGGGUUCCAAGACCUAGGCCCGAAAUUCGGCAGGAGCUCCCCGACCGACUUCUCGCCGAGGAGGAGCUUCCCCCGCAUCGCUCGUCAUGCCACCAGCUGCCAAUGCUUUUCCGAGCUGCCGGGUGCCACAGGCACAAGGCCUCGGGCAGUUGGUUUGCUGGGAAGGCUGCGGGGAUAUAAUGGGGCCGACCUCCCCUCCCCAUCGAGGCGUUCCACCCAGGGGGGACGACGGAUCGUAAGACUUGAGCCUGACGCAAGAAAGCUCCUCGAUAAUACGCGACCGGCUUGAGCUGCGCGAGGUACUCUUAUUCAGGCCAAGGCCAGCCAGAAGGCAUCACAAAAACCACGCCUUUCCUGUAAAACCAGCGGGUCUCCGCGCGCCUAGGGCCGUCAGAAUGUCGGCCAGACACUUCAUCAACGACCCGACCCUGCUGGUCAACACGGCCCUGCGCGCCGUGACGCUAACCAACCCCAGGACGGCGCUAGACGAGGCCAACAAGAUCGUCUACCUGCGCCCGGACCCCGCGCAGAAGCAGCCCGUGGCCAUCAUCAGCGGCGGCGGCUCAGGCCACGAGCCGUCGUUCGCGGGCAUGGUCGGCCGGGGCCUGCUGUCGGCCGCCGUCGCGGGCACCAUCUUUGCAAGCCCGUCGACGGACCAGGUGCGCAUCGCCAUCACCGGCCGCGUCGACCAUGCCGACAAGGGCGGCGUGCUCGUCACUGUCAUGAACUACACCGGCGACAUCCUCAACUUUGGCGUCGCCGUCGAGAAGGCCCGCGCGCAGGGCGUCGACGUCGAGAUGGUCGUUGUCGGCGACGACGUCGGCGUCGGCCGCGCACGUGGCGGCAAGGUCGGCCGCCGCGGAAUCGCAGGCACCGUGCUAGUGCACAAGGUCAGCGGCGCGCUGGCCGCCAGGGGCGCCUCGCUGAGCGAAGUCGCCCGGGUCGCUCGCCUGGCAGCGGCGAACCUGGCCAGCGUCGGCGCCAGCCUGGAGCACGUCCACGUCCCGGGCCGUAAGACCAUAGGUGACGACGACGGGCUGGCCCAGGGCGAGGUUGAGAUAGGCAUGGGAAUCCACAACGAGGCCGGGUCCGGGCGGGACCGGCUCGAGCUGCCGGCGCUGGUGGAGCGCAUGCUGGCGCAGCUGCUAGACCAGAAGGACCAGGACCGGGCCUUUGUGAAGAUGGCAAGCGGCAGCCCAAAGGUGGUGCUCAUGGUGAACAAUCUCGGCGGCGUCAGCGUGCUGGAGAUGGGCGGCGUCACGGCCGAGGUGGUGGCGCAGCUGGAGAAGACGUGGGGCAUCCGGCCCGUCAGGAUCCUCAGCGGCACCUACAUGACGAGCCUGAACGGCAACGGCUUCAGCAUCUCGCUGCUCGACGCCGGCGUCGACGCGGGCAUCGAGGGCGGCGUGAGCCUAGUGCAGCUCCUCGACGACCCUUGCGAGGCCACGGGCUGGUCGGCUCCCAUCUCGGCCGAGUCGUGGGGCUCCAAGAACUCGGCCACAAGGGAGGGCAACGCCGACGAGCAGAAGGAGGUCCAGCCGAGCGGCCUCAAGAUUGAUGCCGCCGCAGCCCAAAAGGCGCUCACGGCGGCGCUGGAGAGGGUCAUCUCAGUAGAAGCCGAGGUUACCGAGUACGACACCGUGGUCGGGGACGGUGACUGUGGCAUCGGUCUGAAGAGGGGUGCCGAAGCUGUUCUCCAACACCUCGCCAGCAAGCCCCUUUCGGGCGACGCCGCCGUCGACGUUGCAAAUAUCGUGGCCAUCGUCGAGAAGUCCAUGGACGGCACCUCGGGCGCUCUCUACGCCAUCUACCUGAACGCCCUCGUGCGCGCCCUCAAGGACGUCGCGGCCCGCGAAAAGGCGACGGCGGCGACGCCGCAGGUCUGGGCCGAGGCCCUGAAGCGCAGCUCCGAGGGCCUCAGCGCGUACACGCCCGCCAGGCCCGGCGACCGCACCCUGGUCGACGCUCUCCACCCCUUUGUCGAGACCCUGAGCCAGACGGGCGACCUGGCAAAGGCAACGCUCGCAGCGCGCGAAGGUGCCGAGAGCACCAAGGGCAUGCAGGCCAGCCUUGGAAGGUCCGUCUACGUGGGCGGCUCCGGGUUCGAGCAGGUGCCGGAUCCUGGUGCAUGGGGGCUGGCGAGUUUCUUCUUGGGUCUGGCAGGGCUGCCGCAGGAAAAAUAGGUGCCGCUACUUGGUAGCAGGAGUGAUACCUUACGUUCUCGAUAUCAAUACAUGAUGAUUUGGUUGCA